AUUCAGACUCUCGUUUUCAAAAGACACCAUAUACAUGCACGAAUAUUGCAGAGAUUGUUUCUCGUCAGUCUCUCCUCAAAGGGCCUAAGCAUCUACACCAGGUCAUUCGUAAGUUACAGUCAUAUAAAGUAUUGGGCAUAGUAAAACCCCAG